AUACGACUUGCCCAUUUGUGAAUCUGGCUCCCAACUACUCGCUUCCCUUCACCUGCGCCUCCUGGGUCCGUGCGCUUUGCAGGCGGCCACCCCCGCGGCCCGCCGGGCGCCGCCUCCCGCGCCCUCCCCGAUUUCGCCUCGUGCCACGUUGGUUUGGGUGGCUGCUGCGCGCUGGGUUCCUCCUCCUCUCCUCUUGCCCUCCGGUCCUUCUUGUACUCUUCCUCUGGCUCCUGCUGUUGCUGCUGCUGCUGCUUUUGAUUUUCAUCCUGUUGGGAAGCCCAGAGAGCCGGCGGCCACUCCGGGACGCGCAGGGUUAACAGCCUCCGCGCCCUUCCGCCGGGACUCCCGGGAGCACGAGGAGAACUCCUCCACCUGCAGCCCCUGUGCCUGGCGGUUCUGCACUGCAUCGCAUGGAAGUGGAAAUAGAGGGGGGAAAAUGUCCAAACUCCUCGGAUGUUGGGAUAAACUAACCUGAGCCUCCUUGGGCCUCGGCUGCCUCCGGAGACCUCUGCUCUGUGGCUUCCCGGAGCGUGCGGCUAAGUCACCGGACUCGAGGUGCCCUGGGCGCAGGGCAGAGCCGCACCGUUCCUUCCCUGACAUGCCUGGCAUGCCGGGGCUCGCGGAGAGGUUUGCUGUGUCUGGGUGGACUCUGGCGUCCUAAGUUUCAGCUCCAGGAAAGGGGGCUUUGCCUUUUAUCUUUCUAUUUUUUAAGUAGUUUUUUUUUUUUUUAACUGAUUCAUCGUUGUCUUGAGAGCGCUUAUCGUUUCACUCUUCCCCAAAUUCGGGCAACUCCUCUCCCUGCUAUGAUGGGCCGUUGGGCAUCAUGAACUUCAUGAUUCCUCACUGGCUGGAAUUCCAACCGCCCAUCUGUAGUGGUCCCGUGCGUUGACCAUGCACCUGAGAAUCCACGCGAGACGGAGCCCUGCUCGCCGGCCGGCUUGGACGCUUGGGAUCUGGUCCCUCUUCUGGGGAUGUAUCGUCAGCUCUGUGUGGAGUUCCUCUAAUGUAGCAUCCUCCUCCUCCUCUUCUUCCUCGCCGGGGUCUCACUCUCAGCACGAGCACCAUUUCCAUGGCAGCAAGCAUCACUCAGUGCCUGUUUCUAUCUAUCGCUCCCCUGUUUCCCUGCGAGGAGGGCACGCUGGUGCUACAUACAUCUUUGGGAAAAGUGGUGGCCUCAUUCUCUACACCUGGCCAGCCAAUGACAGGCCCAGCACACGCUCUGACCGCCUUGCCGUGGGCUUCAGCACCACUGUGAAGGAUGGCAUCUUGGUACGCAUCGACAGUGCUCCAGGACUUGGUGACUUCCUUCAGCUUCACAUAGAACAGGGGAAAAUUGGAGUUGUCUUCAAUAUUGGCACAGUUGACAUUUCCAUCAAAGAAGAGAGAACCCCCGUGAAUGAUGGUAAAUACCAUGUAGUGCGCUUCACCAGGAACGGCGGCAAUGCCACGCUGCAGGUCGACAACUGGCCAGUGAACGAACAUUAUCCCACAGGCCGGCAGUUAACCAUCUUCAACACUCAGGCGCAAAUAGCCAUUGGCGGAAAGGACAAAGGACGCCUCUUCCAAGGCCAACUCUCUGGGCUCUAUUAUGAUGGUUUGAAAGUACUGAACAUGGCGGCUGAGAACAACCCCAAUAUUAAAAUCAAUGGAAGUGUUCGGCUGGUAGGAGAAGUCCCAUCAAUUUUGGGAACAACACAGACGACCUCCAUGCCACCAGAAAUGUCUACCACUGUCAUGGAAACCACUACUACAAUGGCUACUACCACAACCCGUAAGAAUCGCUCUACCACCAACAUUCAGCCAACAUCAGAUGACCUUGUUUCAUCUGCUGAAUGUUCAAGUGAUGAUGAAGACUUCGUUGAAUGUGAGCCGAGUACAGGAGGUGAAUUAGUUAUCCCUCUUCUUGUAGAAGACCCUUUAGCCACCCCUUCUAUUGCUACUCGUGCACCUUCCAUUACACUCUCCCCUACCUUCCGCCCCCUCCUCACCAUUAUUGAGACCACCAAAGAUUCCCUGUCCAUGACCUCUGAGGCGGGGUUACCUUGCUUGUCGGACCAAGGCAGCGAUGGUUGUGAUGAUGAUGGCUUGGUGAUAUCUGGGUAUGGCUCAGGGGAAACCUUUGACUCUAACCUGCCCCCUACUGAUGAUGAAGAUUUUUACACCACCUUCUCCUUGGUAACAGAUAAGAGUCUUUCCACUUCAAUCUUCGAAGGUGGCUACAAAGCACAUGCGCCCAAGUGGGAAUCCAAGGACUUUAGACCUAACAAAGUCUCCGAAACUAGUAGGACUACUACCACAUCUUUGUCCCCUGAGCUGAUCCGCUUCACAGCUUCCUCCUCGUCUGGGAUGGUGCCCAAAUUGCCAGCUGGCAAAAUGAAUAACCGUGAUCUCAAACCCCAGCCUGAUAUAGUCUUGCUUCCGUUGCCCACUGCCUAUGAGCUAGACAGCACCAAACUGAAGAACCCACUAAUUACUUCCCCCAUGUUCCGUAAUGUGCCCACAGCAAACCCCACGGAGCCAGGAAUCAGACGGGUUCCGGGGGCCUCAGAGGUGAUCCGGGAGUCGAGCAGCACAACAGGGAUGGUCGUCGGCAUUGUGGCUGCCGCUGCCCUCUGCAUCUUGAUCCUCCUGUAUGCCAUGUACAAGUACAGGAACAGGGACGAGGGGUCCUACCAAGUGGACGAGACGCGCAACUACAUCAGCAACUCCGCCCAGAGCAAUGGCACGCUCAUGAAGGAGAAGCAGCAGAGCUCCAAGAGCGGCCACAAGAAACAGAAGAACAAGGACAAGGAGUACUAUGUGUAAUCACCAUCACGCUGAUAACACAUGGAUUUCCAACAGCAUUAUUUCUACAUGCUACAUGAAUCCUUUGACCAUGAGGUUCAACGGGUGUCACAACUGUUCUCACUUAGGAGAUGGGGUAUGAUGCCAUGACUAUGGUGGGGAAAACCAUUUUUAAAAGGACACACACAGAGAUGUAUCUAUCUCUAAAAUCCAGCCAUGGCUGCUGUGUUUCAGUCAUUGCUCGGAGACAGAAGGUUCUUUCUGCCCUGCUGUAUCAUAAAGCACAUACUUAGCGCUCUGGAGCAAGCCAGUGGCUCCACCACUUUCGCGGACUUGGAAGCUUCCUUCUUCUCUUGAGGACCUUUUCCAAAAAAGGUAGAAGACUCAUGGCUUACUUGUUCCAUAACUCCAAGUGAGUCUGUAAUGAUGUUUGUGAAGCUUGACUGUAACCAUUUCUUUUUCUGUUUAAUUAUGUAAAAAAACAAAACAAAAAAAAAGAGGAAAAUGUAAAAAGCAAAACAAGCAAAAAAAAAAAAAAAAAAAAAAAACACUACCCUUAUCUGGUUCUGGCCAGUGUGCGUGUAACUUUUCAAGAUCUGAGGGGAAAAAAAUGGCUUUUGGGUUUUUAUUUUUUUGAGAAUGACUGGACAUUAGUUAAGAAGAAGAAAAAAAAAACUGAAAACAAAGUGAGAGAGACUAUUGCCAUAUGAACUCAAAAGCUACCAUGGUGUUCACUCUACACAUAUCAGGUUGUGGUGUCUCUAGAAUCUGUUGUUUGUUUCCUACAAGACACUUUGCUGAACACUUAGCAAAAUUCAUGUGAUGGAUGAUAAUAUUGAUUUGAAAAGCUGGUCCCCCCGGAUCUAAUUCCAGAAUUUUCCACCCAAACCCCAAACAGAUGGGUUUAGGGUUGGCCUUAUCAUAGCUAUUGGCUUUACUUAACAAUAUUGUCCUGUCCAUUAACCCAGCCAAAUCAUGUUGAAGGGGAAAGCCCCAAGAACUAAAGCAGAGCCUUUCCUAGAGAAGGGGAAUGGGGGUGGGCUGGAUCUGUCACUGAUUGAAAUGCAUGCAAAUAAAAAAGACAAUACUAAAGUCUGUUGAAUAAUCAAAACAGAUAAUACGGAAGUUAAACUUGUGAUGGAACCACAAAAGGUCACACAAGCCAAACAUGUCAUGACAGAGUGCAAAAUGCAUAGUUCUUCCCUCCCCCCCAUGACAAUGGUUUUCAUAGUGAUUUAAUUUUGUAGCCUGACCUGGAUAUCUCUGUCCUUCCAUUUGCUCACUUCUCCCUUCACCCAUCUUUUUAAAAAACAAACAAAUAAAUAAAUGAAUAAAGCUGCUGUGACACACAAAAAAGGAAUUUAAUAGUAUAAUAUAUAUAUAAAUAAAUAUAUAUACAGAUAUAUUUAUCAUGGUAUGUUUGAUGGGAUGACUGACAGGAAAUCUGUUAAAGUCUUGAAGUGGAAUGUUGUUUUAAAAGAAAAUAACAAAACAACAAAAAAGUAAACCUUAAAAUGUGAAGAAAGUGUGAGUUUUAGUUUUGUCACAGUUAACUGUGUCAAAGAGAAUUAAAAAAAAAAAUCUCAGAUUUUGUUUACAUAUUUUACUACAUUUUUGCUGGUAUAUUUCCUUAGUCACCUGUAUACAUACUGCUUUAAGAACUGUUUUUUCCUUUCGGGUUGUUUCUGUUUGUUUGGUUUAUAUUCCAGCUGUCUUUUUUCUUUUUGUAAAGAGGAAACAAUGUACAGAAAUAAAAUAAACUGGUUGUGUGGCCAUAGCUGUUCAAAAAGUGAGAGACAAAGCAAGACAAAUAUUCACACAAAAAUGAAGUGUGUCCUCUGGAGGGUCAGAUAUAUACAAUUUUUUCUUGUACAGAUGAAAAUCAAUCAGCUGUUUAGAUUUAGAAAUCUACUCUUGCUGGUCUUUGUAAGUUGCAUGAAUAUUUGACUUUGAAAAAAAACUCUUAAAGACAUGGGGCAAAAAGAGCAACCUAAAUGGUAGCCUUUACUAAUGUGUAUGGAAAGCGGUGUUCCUCAUUAUCUACUAUUUCAAUGUGUUAAGAGUUUAUGUUUUUUGUUGUCAUUAAAAAAGACAGGAUUAUAAAAGAGAUAUCAAAGCACGAUUUUAGAUAACCUAAAUGGCCCAGCCUAUAUGAAGUUGAUUAUAUCUUGAUGUCUGUAAGAGAUUGCUGUUGUUGGAGUCUUGAGGUCUUGUGAACUGAUUUCCUGCUUUCUUUCUUUACAUUUUUUUAAUUUGAGUAAAAAUACAUUUGUUAUAUUCCUUUUAGUGUAAGUUUCUAUUUGGACAAUUUUAUGGGAACAUGUGCAUUCUGUAUGUGAGCUUCUAUCAUAUUCCUGUUGUUUUAUUAGCAGAACCUAAAGGAAUUUAUUUUAUGACGUUGUGACGUUACUGCUUUUUCUUUUUCCUUUUCUCUUUUAUUUCAUAUUUGCAUUUUCGUUCAAGGAUAUGCUUAGCAAUAAAAUGUUCUUCCCAAAA